GAGAUAGGUAGAGCUCUGAUACCCAAAAAUAACACAGCCAGUCUUCGCGUUGGUGUUUUGAUCGACCACGUCAUCGUGUAGCUUAACAACUAAAACUGGCCUAAUGAACGCAUAGGGCUCCUCCCUAGGGCAGGGCACAGCGUGCAUCCGACGGAUGAGAGCAUUUUUCUCGGAUGCUCCAUCCAUCAGAUGUGCGCCGCAUACCGUGCCGUACCACAGAGGAGACGAACGAGACUCCCGCCACUACGGGUCUGGAACUCUGGAUUCUGGAAAAAUAAAUAGCCUUGUUCUGCAAAUUAAUAAGAUUUCCAGUAAUCGAGAGUCGAAAAGCAGUAUUGGCGACUCUGCAAAUCCCAUGGAAACCUUACUCGCUUUCGUUCGUCAUUUAAUGGGAAAUUGUACCCAUUUCCAAUAGGGCAUAGCAAUUCUUUUUCUGUACCAUGUAGUGAUGAUAUCUCCGAGACAGGAUAGUUGGAUGCAUCCUUGUCAUGAUAAAAAUUUAGCAGGAGUUAGUGGAAGUUGAUGAAAUAGGGUAAACCAUGAACUGGACUGUUCACUUUAAUCCUGAACCUUCCCAACAUGGAGAAUUUGCACUUGACAUGGUUUACUUGGUAGAUUUUUCAUGGAUUCAUGCAGUUUGACGGAAAUCCGGUUGGAUUUUAUUCUCAAUUUUGAUUGGCUUGACCAUAUCUAGAAUUGACAUGUUCCUGUGGAAUUUACACAAGGGGAAGCACAUUAUGAAUUAAAAAGCACCUGAGUGACUACUUUCCUAGUUCUUCUAUGAAGAACUCCAAUGAGGAUGUUAACCGGUUGAUAUCAACACUGGGGAAAAGUUUAGAAGAGCUCCUCCAAUAGCUGCUCAGGUCUCUGCUAUUUUGGCGUAGAGAAUAACUGACCAGUGAACUGAAAUGUCCAAUAGAACUCAAGCUUCCUCCAGGAGGAACUCUGGCAAUUUUCCUUCAAACGAUGCUCUACCUCAUUCUAGCUCUCAUGGGACUGCAUCGGCAAAUGAUAUAAUAUCUGGACACCAACAUUCGCCUCAGGAAAAUAAGAAGAUUCCGCAUUCAGAUGAUACUCGGUUAAUACUUCUAACCUGCUCUAUAAGUGUUCUGCCAUCGAACAACAGUGACAGUCACUUGUCAGAAAGGACAAGAGGAAGCCCAAAGAAGAAUACUGUUGUUGAUUCUACUUCUAAAUUCUCAGGCAACAAAUUUUGUCAACAACUUACUUAUUGCGGCAUUAACAGAGACAAAUGCAAUGAGGGAUGUGCAACUCUAUUGGAUAAGAACAUGCAUGCUUUGGAGACAAAGUCAAUCGGAAAUACUGGCCAAAACAGAUUGAUAGACAAACGCAAUGAGGAAUGUGCAACUCUAUUGGAUGAGAACAUGCAUGCUUUGGAGCCGAAGUCAAUCGGAAAUACUGGCCAAAACAGAUUGACGUAUCAUGGAGUUACAAGACACAGAUGGACUGGGAAAUAUGAAGCACACAUUUGGGAUGGAAAUCAAUUUACUGAAGGUCGGAAACGGAAAGGAAAACAAGUAUAUCUCGGUGGGUAUGAAUCUGAGACAGAAGCUGCACGGGCAUAUGACCUCACUGUUCUCAAAUACUGGGGGCCGAAGGCAAUGGCCAAAUUGAAUUUCCCUAUCAUUUGUUAUGAGAAAGAACUUGAGGAGAUGGAGAGUAUGUCCCGUGAGAAGUUUGUGACAUCUCUUAGAAGGAAAAGUAUUAGUUUCACAAGAGGUUCUUCUGCUUACAGAGGAGUGUCAAGACAUCGUGAUGGGCGGUGGCAAGCUCGAAUUAAAGUGGCAUCUAGCAAAAAAGACAUUUACCUGGGAACAUUUAGUACCGAGGAAGAAGCUGCCAAGGCCUAUGAUGUUGGUGCUAUUAGAUUUCGAGGCAAGAAGGCCCUAACAAACUUUGACAUUUCUAACUACUUGGACGGAGGUUCAAAAGAUCCGGAAGGCUUCUCUCAGCCAAAAAGAUUGAGGUGCAUUGGUAACUCUGUUAUCCAGACAGCCCGAGUGCCUAAUUCUGAUCCUAAACCAGAUGAACACACUGGGAGAGCCAUGACUACACUGAAUCUUCCUGAAGAUCCUACAGAGGUAGUGAUGACUUCAGUUUCCCAAUCUGUUUCUCAGCCAGGUGAAAGAAUCAGGAGACCCAAAUCCAUAAUAUCAUCAAUUCUGCCUGAACAUUCUACAGAGGUAGUGAUGACUUCAGUUUCCCAAUCUGUUUCUCAGCCAGGUGAAAGAAUCGGGAGACCCAAAUCCAUAAUAUCAUCAAUUCUGCCUGAACAUCCUACACCUGUGGCACUGGUACCAAACCAAGUGACAGACACCUCUGUUGUCGAACUUGAUUGCAAAAUGUUAUAGUCACUGUUAUUGUGCUUUUUACUAAAUGCAGUAGCUAGCUUUUUUUGAAAA